GAAGCUGCUGUUAAUAUACACUCCAAAUACGUUAAAAGAUCCACCAACAGGCACCUGUGCUUUCUUGCGCGAAUGCAAAGAUGCAAACAGCAUCAUGAUUUAGUAUUUCGUUUGAUGAGCAGUACUUUAAGACAACCGCAAGAUCACAGGGC